AUGGCUAUAUUGGAAGCUUUGCUAACGGACCGCUCCUCCAAAUAUUUUUCACGUCCUACACACCCAACGAAGUGGCAUCGCAAUGGCUUCCUGUGUUCUGCGGGGGUGUUCCGGGAAUACGGUUAUAUCAGCACUGCCGCUUCUUCAGAGAAGGAGCGGCUGAUUGAUGCAAAUGGCGAGGAAGACCGUUGGCAUAACUUGUGGUGUAGGAUCCGAAAUCAGUCUCAAUUGAGCCGAUCGUUUUCGCCCUCCGGCUCGAAUCACCUGUGCGGACGUAAUGAAAGCUCUGGCGAAUCGGACAAUUCACCGUCAAUUGUCAAUGUAAAUUCGCACGAGCACGAUGCUACUUUGACCGAACAUUCCGAAAAGAAAGCGAUGUCUUCUCGAAAGGCCACGAAAGUGAAGGGAACACAGUCUUCUAUUGUGACGCCUACGCAGUAUCUACUCGAUGUUCUCCUUACUUCUGCACGCAUUACCGGAGAUGGACCUGGUCAGACACAGCCUACGAAUCUCAUCGGGAGUGAUUAUGGAAAAUGGCAGAAAGAAGCGCCUCGCAAACAACCGAGAUUAUCGUUGCAGACUAUUCUUGCGGAUUGGAUACGGUUUGUGGAUCCUAUCUUGGGCCGGGUACAUAGAGCACAUGACGAUACCGAAGCGACGCCAGAGCUGGAUGCGGUAUUGCGACGGGCGUUCUCGCCAAAAAUCAUCGAGUAUUUGACGGCACGGCAUUGCAGCCCUAGCGAUGUGUUGCUUUGGUCGUGGAUUCUCCGGAGCAACACCUCUCACGGGGCUGCUCUCCGAAUUUUGAUGGCUGAGUCUGCUGAGGGAGCCAGACCUGGUUCCCAACAUCGGCUCAUACCUCCGUUCAUUCCUCUACUUCUCCUGCGCAGACAAAGCCUCGACGCGAAGACUUUUCGCUUGCUGCUGAUUUAUUCCCUGCACACCAUCACUGGCCGAAAAAUUCCGCCUUUCGACGUCUUCACGCGCGUACAAUACACAGCCCAAGAGCUCGAGGUCAACCUCGAUUCACAACAAACAGAACCCCUCAUAGACCCUACUACGUGUUUCGCGUUCGUUACCCGUCUGCUUCGUCAUGCUCGGGAAGUAUGGCCACAGGCCCAGCUCACCAUCGCGCGUGCCUUCGCAUCCUAUCUGACUCUGCUAAGAAACGACCAAGAGAUUUCGGAGAUCGCCAGACACCGGAGGAACCAGUUCAUGGCUGACAAGUUCAACGCAUGUCUCUGGCUGCUCUCGUUACCUUGCAAAGCAGGCCCGUUCAAAUUCGUUUCUGUACAGCAACAAGCUCAAUUCGAGCUACUCAAGGCUAUGGCAGGACACAAUCCGGUCCUUCCGGUGACGCGGCAGGGCUAUCAAGGUAUCAUUGCUGUGCAAUUGGCCCACAAGAAGACGUCCGCCGAACGGCAAUCGGCAGAACUAAAAGCACCAUCGUGGCCACCGUGGAAGGAAGAAAAGCUUGGAAUCGACUCCCAACGAGGGAAUGAAGGAAUGAAGAGCCGUGCCAUGCGCGUGAUGGCUCAAAUGAGAGAGGCAGGCUACUCUCACACUCGCUGGGAAGAGGUUUCUGGGAUAUUGGCAGGCUGGGACACGGACAAAAGCCCGACGGUUCAAACCAGGGCCUUGAUGCGUCGACCGCAACUGCUACGUGGGCCUGCAGGAAGCAAGCCGGAUCAUCAUGCAGUCUGGGUGGCCCGAAUCCGCGCCACGCGCACGGUGCGGGAGGCCUGGGCUUGUUUUCUGUCAUAUCAAGAUCUAGGCCUACCGCCGCGAGCGAGUAUCUACGUCGCUAUGGCUGAGAAAUUGAUUUUCCGGAGGAAAGCGCUGGAGAAUGACUUCGACCAUAUCAGUCAUUCUUUACCUGGCGAUGGGCUGGAAGUCUUCCCGGAACCUGCUUCCGCCCGCGAUUUGAUUUACGUACACACGGAGCCUCCUACCUUGGAAGAGCUUCUCAAACAGAUGCUUUCCCAGGGUAUUCGUCCAUCCGGGAGAUUUUUGGCUUUGCUUCUGCGAUCUGCGCCAACAUUCAAUUGCGGAUUGGAUUAUCUCAGUUGCAGUGACUUGUCGAACGAACAGAUCCAAGCUUUGUGCACUGUGUGGGAACGUACGUCGGAUUAUGAUGCGUUGGAUUCAAAGGUUUUGGCUGAACUGCCGGACUAUCUCUUCUCGUCUUUCAUAGGCUUUCUUUGCAACUUUUCGAGUCUUGACUCCUUGCACUUGGAACGGCAUGAUAUUCGCACGGCCGAUCUCUUCCCCAUUAUCAUGAGGAAUAUCCAUCCGAACAAGCCGAAAACCUCAACGCUUUUUUCCACUGUUCAUACCUCAGGAGCAAGCAGUACCUUGCAGCAUCCGAAAACCUUGUCGCAUGCGAUCCAGCUGUUGAAACUUCGAAACUCCCGUUUCACACCUCCGUGGAUUCAUCUAUUAACAGCGUUGAGCAAGGAUCGCAUCAGAACGCCAUAUCGCAGGAUGAGCCGCAGUGCACAACGUGUGCUUGCCUGGUAUGAGAUGGUUGAGGUCAUCGGUUGGAUGAAAGAACGUGCAAUUGAGCCUGGUCUGCAGGGGCAUCAGGUCCUUUGCGCCAGCUUCUCAAAGGCUGUGAUGGCAGGUUUGAAACAUCCACAUGCCGCAGAAGAGGGCCUGGCAAUUGUUCAUGAAGCAGCACGGCGAGGGAGCAUCAAACACUCCAAGGUACUGCGUCCCCAUUUUGAGGACAUGGUUCGGAGUGGACUUGCCAUUCUCAAGGAACACUUUGACCAGCUCGUCCUUUCGGAUCCGAGAAAUGCCCCUUUUGCUGAGCAUUCGGCAGGCACUUUUGAGAGUGCCACGAGUCCGCCGGUGGCUGUACCUCCUAUGCUUCACGUGCCUUCUCCAGCCGUUCUACACGCAUUCGUCAGAGCGCUAGGGCUGGCUGGGGAUCAUGACGGCCUAUUGAAAUUGCUUCGAUGGAUGAGCCAGAAUGCCCCCACCCUCAAAGAGGCAUCUGAUGAGCAUAUGAACGGCGAUCGCAUGAUGCGGCGUGCUCUGGUUGCACUGCGCGUGUUCCUCGAAGGAUACGAAGGGAAACGACCUUGGGGCUCAUCUGAUAAUUUGCCGUCGGAGUCAAUGGCCGGGGGUGAAUAUCUCUUCAACGAUGUCUCAGAUACAGACGCGAGUGUGUCCGAUUCGAAGCUGCACGAGGCACAUGAGAUUGUCGCGGCGACUCCGUUGUGGGGUUCCUGGCCAAGCGAUGAUGAAGUCUGGGAUCCGAUCGAUAUUGAGGAAAUGCCGCCCCGACUCCCACGCCUCGCACCCGCUCUCUCGAGCUCCCCUCGCAUCGUCUCGCUCCGCGUCACCAUCUCCCGCUACAGCACCAGUGCCGACGACGCCGUCAUCCAAACCCAACAAGUCCCCGCGCCAGGAUCCGGCAGCGUCCGCGUCCUGCUCCUCAACCGCCCCAAAGCCCGUAACGCCCUCUCGCGGACCCUCCUCGAUGCCCUCUCCAAGCAGAUCCACUCCAUCGCCGCCGAAGGCGGCACAGGCCCAACCCGCGCCCUGAUCAUCGCCAGCAACGCCGACGCCGCCUUCUGCGCCGGCGCGGACCUCAAAGAGCGCGCGAAGAUGACAAAGGAGGAGACAAACGCAUUCCUCACCAAACUCCGCGGCACAUUCCACGACCUCGCCGCGCUCCAGAUCCCCACCAUCUCGGCGAUCUCCUCCACAGCGCUGGGUGGCGGCCUCGAGCUCGCGCUGUGCACGCACCUGCGCGUCUUCGGGUCGUCUGCUAUCGUCGGACUACCCGAGACCCGGCUGGCCAUUAUCCCCGGCGCGGGCGGCACAUAUCGCCUCCCUGCGCUGAUUGGGGUGAACCGCGCGCGGGACAUGAUUCUCACGGGGCGGCGGGUGUCGGGCCCCGAGGCGUACUUCCUGGGUCUCUGUGAUCGGCUUGUGGAGAUUUUGCCCGAGGAGGAGGGGAAGGAGGGGGUUGCGAGGGAGAAGGUGCUGAGGGAGAGUAUCAAGCUUGCGCUGGAUAUUUGUGAGGGGGGCCCGAUUGCGAUCAAGCAGGCGAUUCAGGCAGUUGCGGGUUAUCAGCGCGGGGAGGCGGCGGAGAAUGAGGCGUACAAUGGAGUGAUCGAGACGGAGGAUCGGUAUGAGGCGCUUAGGGCUUUUGCGGAGAAGAGGAAGCCUGCUUUUCGGGGGAGGUAG